AUGGCCAACCAAUGCUCCGGUCACGUCUUUGCCAUCGUCCAGGCUACCAAUGGUAACAUCCUGACAUGGCGCUGCUCGGAUUGCAACUCCGGUCCCUUUGUGGCUAUCUGGCGGUGCAAGAUCUGUGGUCACUGUCGAUGCAACGCCUGCCACAACACCAAGGGCUAA